GUGACUCUUGAAUCUUUAUUUGCAGAGGAGCGCUUGUCCCGUUAUUCUUUGGAAUUAUUAUUAAAACAUUUUAUAUAUAUAGAUUUUUUUUUUCGAGGAAGCAGAUGACUUAUUUCAGUGAAAUAGCCAAAUCCACGUGUGGCAUUUCCGGCCAGUCUGUACAAAUGUCAUGAAUAUGGUGUAAAAGGAAGAAGAGAGUUUUCCAGUCGGGAUUGUGAGGCGAUUUUUUUCUCCAUAAUUAAUAACCACCGGGAGGAAUUUCUCAGUUUUAUCAAACGCAAGUAUGUCAGGAAAACACUUUAACGUGCACGAAGUGGGUUGUUGCAUCAAAUACUUCAUAUUUGGAUUUAACAUUAUAUUUUGGCUGCUCGGGGUGGCGUUCCUGUCUGUGGCUCUUUGGGCCUGGAGUGAGAAGGGGGUUCUUUCCAACAUCUCCUCCAUCACAGAUCUGGGCGGGUUUGAUCCGGUGUGGCUGUUUCUCGUGGUGGGUGGGGUGAUGUUCGUGCUCGGCUUCGCAGGAUGCAUCGGAGCUCUGAGGGAAAACUCCUUCCUUCUUAAGUUUUUUUCCGUUUUUCUGGGAAUCAUAUUUUUCCUGGAGUUGACAGCGGGAGUCUUGGCCUUUGUCUUUAAAGACUGGAUUAAAGACCAGCUCAAGUUCUUCAUCAACAACAAUAUUAGAGCCUACAGAGACGACAUUGACCUACAGAAUCUCAUCGACUUCACACAAGAUUAUUGGGAGUGUUGUGGAGCUUUUGGGCCUGAAGACUGGAAUCUGAAUAUUUACUUUAAUUGUACUGAUACUAAUCUGAGCAGAGAGAAAUGUGGGGUUCCCUUUUCCUGCUGCACCAAGGACCCUGCUGAGGAUGUGAUAAACACACAGUGUGGAUAUGACAUUCGAGCGAAAGGUGAAAAUGAACAGAAGACCUUCAUACACACGAAAGGAUGUGUACCGCAGUUUGAGAAAUGGUUACAGGAGAAUCUAACCGUAGUUGCGGGAAUCUUUAUAGGAAUUGCACUUCUGCAGAUAUUUGGGAUCUGUCUGGCACAGAAUCUUCUGAGUGACAUUGAGGCGGUCAGGGAGAGCUGUUUGUUCACCUGAAGCACUCGAGCCAUUCUGCUGACAGAGCUUCCAUCUCUAUUACUCGGCAACAGGGUUGGCACAUUGUCAUCACAGUAUCCUAGCAACCAGCGAGGGAUUCCAUUCGCAUACCUCCUUUAUUACAUUGUACAGCGACAUCUUCAUGUUUCCAUGAUAAUGGUGUCCAAUGGUAGAUCUGCUUUUAACCCUUCUUCAAGUGCAAAAUCAACAGUAUUAACACAAUGAGUCUACACACAACUCAUUUGUCAUUAUUAAGCCUUUAAGAAACACUUAAAAGAAUGGUUGACCCAACACUGAAUAUUGGUUGAAAAUUUUCUCACCCUUAGGUCAUCCAAGAUGUAGAUGAGUUUUUCUUUCUUCAGAACAGAUUUGGAGAAGUUCAGCAUUACAUCACUUGCUUACCACUGGAUCCGGUGCAGUCAGAAUUAAAAAGUUCAAACAGCCGAUAAAAACAUCCACACCACUCCAGCCAGUCAAUUACCAAUUUAUGAAAGUCGUGUGUUUGUAAAAAAAACAAAAACAAAUCCAUCAUUAAGGUGUUUUAACUUUAAACCAUUGUUUCUAGCCAAAAUACAAGUAAGUAUUCCAUAAUAAUGCGUCAAAAGACAUUAAUUGAUUGACUGGAGUCGUGUGGAUUAUUGUGGUGUUUUUAUCAGCUCUUUGAACUCUGAUUCUGAUGGCACCCAUUUACCGUCCAUUUCAGCAAAUGUUCAUUUUUGGGUGAACUGUUCCUUUAAGGCCACUUGCAUUGUGUCCUUACUGUGUUUUCUUGUUUAGUUUUUUUGACUGUUGGUCUAUGUAUGUGGCAGAUGAACAUAUUGGGUAAAUAAUAAAUAAUUCCAUUCCAGAUGAUCACACUACAAUUGUUCAAUUGGGCAGAAAUUACAUUCAAGAUCAGUAUUUAUAGAUCAUUAUUAGUACUUAGUGAGUUGGUGCACUUUUUUCUGCAUUUUCUGCACUGUUUGUGGGGGGUGGGGGGGGUGUCAUCUGCAUAAUUGUGUAGAUUGGAUAUUUAAAUGAUAAAAUGUGUUUGUCAGUGCUAUAAGAGUACUAUGGUAGCUGAAAACAUGAUCGAAUUAGGAUGAAUAUUUAUUACUUGAGGGGUAUGUGUAGAAUUCUGUGAAUAACUAGCAUUCUGUGGAAAUCUGGUUCUGUGCAGACCCAGUUUUAGUGAGACCGUAUUAGCUGCAGAUUGUGCUAAAUGAAGAGUACUGUCUGCUUAACACUACAUGAGUGUUUGACUCACCUUAUGACUCUUAAAGUACAUAAUUCAUUGAGACUAUUUGUUUAUUUUGUUCGUAUUGCCAGAUUGUGUGUGUACAUUACCCGUAUAAUGGAUUUUAUAAAACAGUUGCUUUUGAAACUAAGGGAAAAUGCACGGCAUGCUUUUUGGAAUAACACUACAUUUUUCCAGUGUGUUCCGCUAUAUGAAGGUAUUUUUGUGAAUAGUUAUGUUGACCUGUACUGGAUUUUGAAAUUAUAGCCACUGUGUAAGCAAUGUUGUCACUAGAAUGUUUUAAAACAUUAGCACUGAGAUUUUGCCAUGUAAGACAAAAUCUACCAAACUGGAUAUAUGGGUGAAUUUUAUGUCAAAUAACACGUCUAUGUCGCGUUCCACCAAAAACAGCAAACAAAAAACGUAUAUAUAUAUAUAUAUAUCUUUAUAUUGGAGUAUUUGUUAUAUUCUCUUUAAUUUAUGAGAAUUUACUAAAAUUGUAUCCACAGUAUAAUUUUCAAUAUAUGAAUUGCAAAAAACAAUGAUAAUGGUUAUUAUUAAUUUAUUAGGGGUGUUCCUGUAGCUGAGACAGUAAUUGAACUAAUAAAACUUAUUCCUUCCAUUUCAUUCAAAGAUGAUUUUGAUGAAAGUUAUCUGCCAAAUGCAUAAAGAUAAAUGGGGUUGACUAAAACUGGGACAUGUUAUUAUGAGAUUCACCCGUAUAUACGAUAAUUCUGAAAUAUUUCCGAAAUCAUGGCGCCUUUGUCAGAAAGAUGACUAGAAUGUUUUGCUUUGAUUGUGAAACGAAAUCUGCAGUUUUAAUAUGAAAAUCUUAAUCUUUUUUUUUUUUUUUUGUAACCUAACAUGAAUUUUUGCCAAGGGUCUGGCUUAAAACUCAUAGCUUAAACAUUUUUGACUGCAAGUGCCAUAAAAGUAAUAUUAAAUAAAUAUUGGCAUAUUUUCUCAAAAAACUUUUGUGAUAAAAAAAAAUUAUCUUGUUGGCGAUGUAUCACCAACAUUUUUUAUUAUCAGAUUAAGAUUAUUAACAUUUUAUCAUUAUAUUUAUCUAGGCCUAUAAUAUAAUUAUUAAUAAUGGCAAAAAAAGGCUUUAUUUGAAGACAGAUAUUUUAAGCUGGAUCUAUAUUUCUUAUUUGGUCUGCAAGUUCUUUUUGUUUGUAUUUCGUUCUAAUUUUCUCUCAUUUAAUGUUCUGUGUCAUUUCUUGAUAUUAAUUUUACAUUACCUUAUUUAAUAAAUACAAUAAACACUUUACAUUAUUUCCCAAGAUGGUGGUAUUAGAAACAAUAAAUUUGAUAUGUUUCUGUAUGUGUGUAAAGCCUGUGUCUAUGUCUGUGCCUCUUUUCUAGACCCUACUAAUUAACAAUAAAGUGUUAUCAAUUGUC